GAGAGAGAGAGAGAGAAAUCCACAUGUCUAAUUGAUUUGAUUACUGCCUCGAUAAACGGAUACGAUCGUCUCGCAAGUGAAACGAGAUAAACAUGCGCUCGACCAGGGGCAUCAUUCAAAUGGCGCGAUCCUCUAAAGGGUACCUUCUGAACUUCCUCAAGACUAUGUCGAGGGCUGGUGAUGCAAAGACACCCAAGUUCACUGAUAUCCGCAAUGAUAAUUCCUUCGGAAGAUACGCCAUAGUCCAACCUUGGCUGGUCUCCGAAAGAGCCGUCGUACCUGCGUACAUACCCCAGCCGUCCUACAGCCAGUCGGCGGUGCCUAGAAAUGGACCGACGACGCCCGAGACCAAAGAUGAAUAUCAAAUAGAGUCUAUGAGGCAGAGCUGUAAGCUUGCCAGUCGCGUUCUGCGCCAAGUCAACGCGUUAAUUAAGCCAGGUAUUACAACCGAUUUUCUCGACAAACAAGUACACGAUAUGAUUGUUGGCAACGGAGCUUAUCCCAGUCCGCUCAACUACCGCGGCUUUCCCAAGUCUAUAUGUACGAGUGUUAAUAACAUCGCUUGCCAUGGCAUUCCGGACAACAGGCCGUUACAAGAAGGCGACACACUCAAUGUUGAUAUAACAGUAUAUCUCAAUGGCUACCAUGGCGAUUGCUCGGCUAUGUUUCAAGUGGGCGAAGUAGAUACAGAAGUCAAACGACUGAUAGCGGUCACGGAAUUGUGCUUGAAGUCGGCCAUCGAAAUAUGCAAACCAAACGAACGUUUUUGCAGUAUCGGUAAUGUGAUAGAAGAGACAGCAAACAAACACAAUCUCAAUGUAAUACCUGGACUCUUAGGCCAUGGUAUCGGGACUUAUUUCCAUGGCGCUCCAGAUAUUUAUCACUUUGCAAAUGAUUUUCCCGAAACAAUGAAAGCAGGUAUGACAUUUACCAUCGAGCCAGCUCUAAGUCAAGGAGCAACGCUGAUCGAGAUUCUGGAGGAUGGAUGGACAGCUUGCACUGUCGACAAUUCUAGGACAGCUCAAGCCGAACAUACAAUUUUAAUAACAGAUACAGGAUGCGAAGUGCUUACGCUCUAGUCUAUAAUUCUGUAUCAUAUAUUGUUAUUUAUAUAAGUUUAGUAAAUAUUAUUUCUAGUAUACGUGUACAUUAAUUUGCAUAUACGUUUUAAUCUUGCGUUUUUAUGAAUAAAAAUAAAAGUUGAAUAAAAUUUAUAUUGUUACAACGAAGAUUAUUAGUGUACAGUUACCAGAAAUAAUAUUUUCUUAUCCUUACAUGUAUAUGUAAUGCAAAUGAAUGUAUAAUCGAUGAAAACUUUCAAUUUAUUUAAUUAAAAGAGAACGGAUCUUCACCAUA